AUGCUGAAGAAGCUGAACUCAAUGUUUCGCCCACAUGAGGAACGAAAACUAAGUGAGUCCAGAGGAAACAAAGAGUGGCAGAAAGAAGAGUGUGAGAUUAGGUUGGUUCGCAGCACCUCCCUCUACCUGAUGGGGGAAUGUCACCAGAGCCUGGGCAGUUCUCUGAAACGGAGCAAGAGUGCUGUAAGUGUGAGCUCCUCUCUCCACAACAUCACAGCUGAAGAUCGCGUCUGGAUGUUGUCAAGGACACAACACUGUCUACAGUACCUACAGGAUCUGAUAGUCCUGCGCAAACAAUACCAACCUGUCAGUAACCUCAAUAAAUGCAAGGAGAAUAGGCCAGACCCGUCCUCUGCAUCAACAAAGCCUUGCAAAUCUAGCAAGAAAGUGUCAGCUUCCAAACACACCUCCAAAGUAGAUGUAAAAGAUCCCCAUGGCACUAGUUUGAAGAAGAACAGCACAGUUCCCUCCUGGUUAGCAUUUAUCCCUCCAGCCAACAUCCCUAAAGCAGAUUGUCUGGUCAUUGUGACCUUUCUAGUUGAAAGAGCUUUCUGUAUGAAAAUUAGUUCCUGCAUCUCCUACGCUGCAACAAAACCAAAAGGUGAAUCUAAGCCUGCACCAGUGUCAACAGAGGCUGAGACACUAGCCUAUUUUGAUUCAGUCAUCGCAGGCUUUGAUCAGGAAAACAAACCCAAAGUUCAUCCAGCAGAUGACACGCACAUCGAUGUGGAUUUUGUUAUUGCCACGAGCACGAGUGAACACAGUUUACAUUCGAACUGGAUUCUUAAGACACCAAGAAGAUAUUCUAUUGAUAUUGGGCAUUUGACAAAGACUGAUCACUUAUCUCGGAGACACAGCGAUUGGAUAGGAUCGAGCCUCAAAAGGAUUGACCGACGCCCAAUGUACCUCCCGAAGUUAGUCGAGAGUCCAAUUCACACAUUGCGAUUUAAACCGAGAGCUCGGGGUGAGGAUGAUGAGUUCUAG